AGAGCUAAGAGCCUGCGCACACCGUCGAACAUGUUCGUGGUGAACCUGGCGCUGUGUGAUUUCAUGAUGAUGGUGAAGACGCCGAUCUUCAUCUACAACUCGUUUACUGGCUUCGCAACGGGCCACCUCGGCUGUCAGAUCUUCGCUACCAUUGGAUCGUUUUCUGGAAUCGGUGCCAGUGCUACCAAUGCCGCCAUUGCUUAUGACCGUUACAAUGUGAUCGCUAAGCCUUUGGAUGGAAGAAUGAGCAAGGGAAAGGCUUUUCUCAUCAUACUACUGAUCUGGGCCUAUGUCACUCCGUGGUCACUGAUGCCCCUCUACGGAGUCUGGAGUAGAUUUGUGCCAGAGGGCUACCUGACCAGCUGCUCUUUCGACUACUUGACCAAAAGCGAAAGUAUCCAGUAUUGGGUUGGGACCAUGUUCGUGAUUUGCUACUGCAUCCCGAUGUCACUAAUCAUCUAUUACUACUCUCAAAUCGUCAGUCAUGUCAACCACGAGAAGGCUCUACGGGAACAAGCGAAAAAGAUGAACGUGGACUCUCUACGCAGUAACCAGGCUCAACAGAAUCAGUCAGCAGAAGUUCGAAUCGCCAAGGUUGCAAUCACCAUCUGUUUCCUGUUUGUUGCUUCAUGGACUCCCUAUGCUGUGGUCGCAAUGAUCGGUGCUUUUGGAAAUCAGUAA